UGUUUUCUUUCAUACUUUGAAGAUCCCUGCAACCCAAAUCCCUGUGGCACUGGAAGCACCUGUGAGGCCCGUUUUGACGAAUCAUUUGUAUGCUUGUGCCUGCCUGGUGAUUUCUACAGCAAUGAUUCAAACAGUUGUGAACGUUCCAAAGUCUUCCCUGGAAAACUUAAACUGAAAAAAGUAUUUGAUGAAAAAAUGAGAGACCGCAAAUCAAAGGAAUUUAAAGAAACUGCAGAUAAAGUUAUUGCUGAGCUGUAUAAAGUUUAUAAAGGGACGAAUGGUUACUCUGGAUCUAUAGUGCUGGAACUCCGGCCAAGCACCACUCCAGUGUCAAGAAAUGCAGAGAAUGUUGAUGCAUUAGUACAGAUCAGCUAUGAGGCCAGUUCUAAAAUUACAGAAGAUCAAGUUGUAAAAGAAUUAAAAGAUAAUACUUGUGCUGAGUGUACACUGAUUGAGAAAACCUUUGAGACUACGGACCUUUGUGCUACCAAUGCCUGUGAUAAAGAAACUACACAGUGCACAUCAGGAGAUGGAACUUACGAGUGUACCUGCAAAGAUGGCUACAGGAAAACAGGCUACACUGAUAGAAUGUGCACUACUUGCCCCAUUGGGGAAAAGUUGAAAGAUAAUAACUGCGUGAAAUGCUCGUUUGGUUAUUCUGGUUUUAACUGCUCAGAAAACUGGAAGCUCAUUCUGGUAAUCGUGGGCUCUGUGCUUGGAGGACUGCUGCUAAUAGCCCUCAUCCUUCUACCAGUAGUAGCUACACAAAAAUCAAACAAAAGCUUCAAGAAGAACAAAACUGCAGAAAUGGAAAAACCCUCCAUUAACCUGAGUUCUGCCGCACAACCAAUGGCUAGCAACAAGUUUGGCCACAGCCAGGGAGUCUCAUUAACUGGGUCAGCCAAUGGCCAUUCAGGUUUUCAGAAUGGUGGGGUGCCCAUGUUCCCACGAGCUGCCAGCCCCAUCAACAGCUGGGACAACAGGACCAACCUGGAGAUGAAACCAAGCAAUGGCGGACAAAACAUUGGUCAUAUGAACAGUGGCUCGCAGAUAUAUGACGAACAAGACGACAUACGCCCAUACGCUCAGACUCGACCACAGAGCAACCCCUAUGCCCAGAAUCAACCCAGGAUGAACCCAUAUGCUCAGAACCAAGGCCACAGCAACCCGCACUACACACACGAUGAUGGAAGACGCUACUAUUAGUACAAAAUCAGAAAGUCUCACUAUGCAAUGACAGGUUUAUGUUUUUAAAUGUAUUUUAUAAUUAUUGUAUGUAAUGAAUCGUAUUGAAUCUUAUGUGACUGACUACAGUACAAACUGUCAUAAACCAAUCUUGUCUGAUCGUCACUACUUCAUAUCAAGUUGGAGACAUGAUUUCGAGGAUUGAUCUUUUUUUUUAAAUCUGCUUUGGUUAAUUGAAGUUUGAAUUAUUGAAGAGCUGUCUGUUUAAACUGAAUGAGAAACCUUGACACUCAUGUCCAAAUAUAAUGCAAUAAUGAGGAGCUACUUAAUAUUGUUUGCUGUCCGAUUAAUACUUUGUCUAUGAAUUCACAUUUUUAUGCAAAUGUGUUAAAUUUUUGUAAUUAACUGAAAUUUAAUGUUUAAUUCAGUUUGUUCAUGUGAAUGAGAGAAGCAGCUUCUAAUAAAAUU